CUCGGCCGGGGCAGUGUGCGCAGGCCCGCGGCUCUCGGUGGGUUGGGGGCCCUCCCAUGCCGGUCCGUCUCCGCCGCGCUCCCCGCGCAUACUCGCACUUAACUUCCGCGGUCGCCGGCGUUUGGGAGCCGAGAGGCGGCCCCUCAGUCGUCCGGUACCUUCUGUUGGGUCAGCGGCGUGAGGGUCUCGCCGCGGCGUGUCGCCCGUGUCGCCUGGCGCGUAGUGCGCCCGUCCGCUCGCUCGGCCGGCCGGCCGAGUUCCCGCAAGUGUCCCCGGCUGGUCCGGGGGGUCCAGGCACCGCCUCGACGGCGGCUCCGCCGGACGAGCGGACCGAGCCGCAGCCUACAGCCGAAGCGGACGGCGUCAUGAGGCACCUGCCGUACUUCUGCCGCGGCCGGGUGGUGCGGGGCUUCGGCCGCGGCUCCAAGCAGUUGGGCAUCCCCACAGCUAACUUUCCUGAACACGUAGUAGAUAAUCUGCCAGCUGAUGUAUCUACUGGCAUCUAUUACGGUUGGGCCAGUGUUGGAAGUGGAGAUGUCCACAAGAUGGUGGUGAGCAUAGGCUGGAACCCAUACUACAAGAAUACGAAAAAGUCCAUGGAAACGCAUAUCAUGCACACCUUCAAAGAGGACUUCUAUGGAGAAAUCCUCAACGUGGCCAUUGUUGGCUACCUCAGACCAGAAAAGAAUUUUGAUUCUUUAGAGGCACUUAUUGCAGCAAUUCAAGGUGAUAUUGAGGAAGCUAAGAAACGACUAGACUCACCAGAGCAUCUGAAACUCAAAGAGGACAACUUCUUCCAGGUCGCUAAAGGCAAGCUAAUGAAUGGCCACUGAUGAAACUCAUCUUAUUUGUUCAUUCACUGUUUCCUAGCGUUUUACUGCUCAUAACUCUGCAGUCUCAUGUAGGUUGUAUUUUAAAAGUCAGACGUUUUCCUACAGCUGUGAAUUAGUUUUAAACAGUGCAGUGUAGUUACCAUAUUAUGUUUCAACUGCUUAGUUAAACCCAUCAUGUUACAGUACGAAAAAGGUUCACUUAAGAAGUCAAGAUCCUUUUUUAUGUAAUAUGUUGAUUAAAAUGUACCACUAGAAAGGUCUUAAGUGUCUUAUAAUGGAAAUGAAAUGUGUAUAAAUAUGGGUAAAAAGGCAACAACUAGUUUGAGAUGAGAACUGUAAUUCUCGUGGUGAACUUCUAGCACGCAUGUAUUUGUGUAGCAUGCUCUGCUGAUUACAAGGCUUAGAAAAGCAAGUAUAUUCAACAGGUUUGACAGUUUAUUGCAAACCUAAGGGGGAAAAUCCUGACUUUGUAUUUUUGAUAUUUGGGGCAUUUAUAUAUUAUUAUAGACAUGAAGACUUGUGAAAUUUCAUUUUAAUUAGUCAUUUCCUCUAAGAGGUCAAAUCAUUGUACUGUGUUCCAUUUUUGUUACAGCUGCCUCUGUUUUAAUUGGUCUAGACUCUCUGCCUAUUAUUUCUUUGUUUUGUUUUUUUUAAACAGUAAAAUGAGUGUUUUCAAAUCUCUAGGUCUCAUUUUUGUGUUGAAUAACACUUUUCUUUUACAAGUAGAUGUCCUUCAACAUCUUUCUUGACUGUUUUUUUCCUGUAAACAAUUGUCAGUGUCCGUUUUUCCAUUUAGAAUAUUGUACAGUUUACAUUUACAAAAGACUGCAUCUGCCAUUCCGUCCCUUCACUAUAUGAACAGAGAUUAAGCACAUAUCUGUAUUACAUUUUAGAAAAAAUAUCAAAAAAGUCUUCAGAUUUCCUCAAAGUUUAAAUGAAUAGAGCAGUUCAUUUAUAUAUGCCAAUUCCUUAAAGAACACAAAAUACUUGUUUUUUUUUCCCCUAGAGAAACUAUUUAAGAGUCAACUAAACUAGGAAAUAGGAAUUUAUUUAUUUUUAAUGUAAUUAUAUUUCUAAGCAAAUGUAAACUGUUGUGGUUGUGUGUGCACAGUGUAAUUUAAUGCUGAAGAGUGCUUGUAUCUGGGGGAAAAACAUAAGUAAUAAAGUUUUAGUUAAAUAAUAUUCAUGCUAUGCAUUUUUGCCUUCUCUAAGAGUGAAUUUUGGCCACUUGAGACUUGUUUAUAUUGGCAGAAAGUUGAAGUCUUUGGAUAUUUAGUAAAUUGAGACUGCAGAUUGUUCGGGCCCCCACAACACAUUGCAAUAUUGUUCACUUUAGCAUCAGAUUUAGUCGGGGGAUUGGGUGCAGAAGUAUCUAGAAGGUAAUUUUAAAGAUAAAUCAUUAUAAAACCAUUUUCCCCUAAUCUGUAUAAAUUAAUUAGAUAACUGAUUUUAACAAAUAUUUCAGAAAACAUCUAAAGCUAAUGUUGGAGAAGAGGGAAGCACGGAUAAAUUCAGUUGGAUUGUGUGUUACUUUUUGGUGUAUGAAUUUUUGGCAAACAAUGUAGUAAGUGUCUUUCAUUUCUUCUUUAUAAAAAUACAUAGGAAAUAUUGUUUAAUGUUAGAAAUCCUCUACUUGAGGGAAGCCUCAGUUAUCAGUGGCUUUAUGAAACAAAGUUAAAAACAAACAUGGAAAGUGUAAAAGAUUUGUGUUUGAAAAUCUUGCUGCUGAUUAUGUCUUAAGUGUGAAAGUUCUUUGAUACUGUAUCGUCACCUUACAUUUUGUUAAAUAACUUUCGCCUUUGAAAAUUGUAUGGUGUGUGGUUUAGGAGUUAGGUAAUAGUGUCUAUGUUUUUUUAAGUUUUAUGUUAAGUAUUUCUAUAUUGUAAGAAAUUGCGGUAGGGGCAUUUUUGAUUAGUCUGAAUUGUUUCAGGCCUUGAAAUAAAUCCUGACCAACUGA